AUGGCUGCAGACCUCUCGCUGGAGGACUUGGUCUUGAUUCUCGAACUGCAGAAGGCCGACAUCGCCCAGCUUUCAGCCGCGAGGAAGGGCAAGUCGACCAGCCCAAACCAGGAGGAGGUGGCUUUCGACGUCUACCACGAGGAGCUCGCUCGACUUGCGCGGCUGUACGACGAUGAUAACAUCGCGCACAGCAUUGCAGCGGCCAUCGCAACGGACACUCCGAUCCUGGAGGCGUUGCUUGAGGAGGAGCGGCUGGCAAGGGAGGAUCACGAGCUUGCUCUGCGUCUCGCGGCCGACGAACCCGAUUCUGACGAUGACUAUGCGGUGUCGUACCGGUCCGCCGCACCUUCCGACCCCAUCGCGUCCACCUCCGCCGGACCUUCGUAUCUUCGCUCCCUCGAAACCUUCUCGCCAAAGGAGACGGCGACCUGCGUCAUCUGCAUGGAAGACUUCAAGCCGAGCGAGACGAUCCCGGUCUACUGCAGCCUCAAACACCGAUACUGCCGCGGGUGCCUCCGCGACCUCUUUCUCGCCGCCGCCAAGGACGAAUCACUCUUCCCGCCUCGCUGCGACGGCUCCGUCAUCCCACUGUCUUUUGUCCAGCCACAUCUUUCGAUCGAGGAGCUCGCCAACUACCGCUCCCGCAUGCGCGAGUACUCGGUCGUCGACCGCUUUUACUGCGCGAACGCCUCCUGUUCCGCUUUCCUCGGUCCCGCCUGUCCCGUCAGGGUGAGCGCCCAGUGCGACAGGUGCGGACAAAUGACAUGCAGAGCGUGCAAAGCCCCUUGGCAUGGGGCUUUCGGUCUUUGCGGCGCGAGUGCGGACGACGAGGCGGCGCGCGUCCCCGAGCGCGACCACCAGUGCAAGCGUUGCCCGCGGUGCAGGCGUAUGAUCGACCUAGCUACUGGAUGCUGGCAUGUCACCUGCCGCUGUCGCCACGAAUUCUGCUUCCUCUGCCUCGCCCAGUGGAAGACCUGCACCUGCGAGAUUUGGGACGAGAGGCGACUUUACCGCGAGGCGCACCGCGACAUCGCUCACGGCGAAGAGGGUGGAGACGUCGACCGUGAUGACGAGGCGCUAGAUCGGAUGCUUCAAGGCAUCGAGUGCAGACAUGCGCGCUUCCGUCGCAAAGGAGGGUCCAGGUAUUGCGACACUUGCGGAACUGUCGUCCGCCUGUUCCACUCUGUCUGCCUGCCAUUCUUGUACGCUCGACGUGUAUUGAAGGCGCUGACUCGUCUCCCUCACAGGCCUGCACUCGCUGCCAUAUCGUCCUUUGCCAGCGCUGCCGCCGUAAUCGGUGAGGCUUGA